ACCUCAACCAUGAAUCUGCUUUUGGACUUUCCUGUACCGCGUACUUCCUGUGUGCCUGACUGCCACCACGCCUCCUUUAAACCUCAUACGUCAUUAGACACACCUACGUCACAUAAAAUACGGGAACGCGUCUAUAAAUCCCGAAGGUAAAGUGAAUACAGGGCAAUUUCAAUUUUGGUUUUCGUGUAAAAGGUACUCGAUAGUAGAUCCUACAAUAAAAAUAAAACAACGGCUGUAAAAAAAGGUUGCAUAAUUCCAAUACUUACGUUAAAUAUUAAUCUGUGGUAACGCACAAACAACGUCGGUAGUUUUUUUUAAUUCGGCCAGUGCUCCAAAAUCGUGCGGACGCUGCGCGCGCUGGCUGUCCGACAGUGUCCCGCGCCAACUCGCGUUAUAUAAUUAAAAAAAAGAAAAGCGCGGUUUGUCAGCUUUUAAUGUUUAGUGAUUUUGUGUGAGUUACAUAUUGACUUUGAUUUGACGAAUUGUUUUAAAUUGAAUGCGAGCCCCUUAGCUGAUCAAGAUGGAUAAACCUACUAUGCAUAUGUUGGAUGUCCAGGAGAAGGGGGGACAGACUAGAAAAGCUAAUCAGUAUAUAGCUGCUGUUGCAGCUGCAAUAGCCGCGGUCGCUGGAGGAACAAUCCUAGCAUGGACAUCACCAGCCCUACCUCAACUGGAACCGUUCAAGAACGUCACGAUAGUCAAUGGCACGGCAUCGAACUCCACUGCUAAUGUAACAGGCUCGGGUUUACCAGCAAACUAUUCAGGCUUCGUCAACUCUUUAGGACAACCUGCUGACUUCCUCUUAGAUACCACGCAAAGUUCCCUAGUAUCAUCAAUCCUUGCUAUUGGAGCAGCUAUCAGUGCUCUUCCAGUAGGUGUGCUAGCUAACAAAGUUGGCAGAAGACCGACAGUGCUCAUCCUCUCCAUACCAUUCCUGCUCAACUGGCUGCUCACCAUCUUCGCGAAUGGAGCUGGAAUGCUCAUUGCUGCGAGGUUCUUCGCUGGAUUGGCUACUGGUGGUGCUUGCGUGGCGGCUCCAAUGUACAUCGGCGAGAUAGCAGAGACUUCCAUCCGAGGGUCUUUAGGUGCCUUCUUCCAGCUGUUCUUGACUGUUGGCAUUUUGUUCACCUUCGUGGUCGGUGGCUGGACUCAUUGGAGAACCCUCUCCAUCAUCUCUGCUGUCUUCCCCGUUCUAUUGGUUGCUGUUUUCUGGUGGAUGCCAGAAACUCCUCAGUACCUUCUUGGCAAGAACAGGCGACGUGAUGCGGAGAAGUCUCUCCGUUGGCUGCGAGGACCUGACGCUGACCUUACCGCUGAACUGGAGGAGAUGCAGAAAGAUGUGGACGAAGCAUCUCGUCAAAGAGCCGGAGCGCUAAGCAUGUUAACGAACAAGGCACCUCGUAUGGCGCUCAUCUGUGGUCUAGGUCUUAUGUUCUUCCAGCAGUUCAGUGGCAUCAACGCCGUCAUCUUCUAUACAAACAACAUCUUCCAGUCUGCUGGCUCCAACAUCCCUCCUGUCAUUGCUACCAUCAUUGUAGGAGUUGUUCAGACCAUUGCUACUUAUCUAUCUUCUGUCUUCGUUGAUAAAGCUGGUCGUAGAAUCCUACUCCUCCAAAGCACAAGUAUCAUGGGUCUCUGCCUCGUCAUCCUUGGCAUCUACUUCAAGAUGCAGAAAGAUGGCUACAACGUCGGCUCCUUCGGUUGGAUCCCUCUCGUUUGCCUCAUCCUCUUCAUCGUGUCCUUUUCCAUGGGCUUCGGUCCCAUUCCUUGGAUGAUGAUGGCUGAACUCUUCCCUGUAGAGUAUCGUGGAACUGCCACUGGUAUUACGGUCAUUACCAACUGGAUGCUGGUCUUCGUGGUCACCCUUUGCUUCCCCAUUAUGCAGGUAGCUAUAGGCAUCUACAGUUGCUUCUGGUUCUUUGCUGGCUUCAUGGUCCUUGGCACAAUAUUCGUCUUCUUCCUCAUCCCCGAGACCAAAGGUAAGACUGUAUCCCAAAUCCAAGCCAUUUUGGCCGGUAAGAACUAUUAAAUAAGGUUAACUUUAGGUCAUCAACCAAAUAUGUAUAUACUAUGUUCAAUCUAUCUUGCCUUAUCCAAAGUUUGGUUCAUAAGAGUGAGUAGGAUAGAAAUAUGUACAAAUAGUAAAGAGUGAAAGUGAUAGACAAUUUGUUAAGGACUUUAAUAAGGCUAAGAUAUUUUGUACGAAGUUUAGAGUAUGAAGUAAAUGAGUGAUUUUGAAAGCUGCCUGCAAAGCAAUAAGGGUGAUUUUUGUAGUACAUUCUGUGACCAGCUAUAUCAAUUGAGUAGUAUAUUUAAUAUAUUUAUACAUACAAAUGUGAUACUAUGAAUGAGUUAGGGAAUAAAAAUAUUUAUAGUUGUACACUGCAGAGAAAAUUGUAUGUAAAUUUUGUCAAUAUUGUGUAGAAAUAUUUAUCUAAGUUAGUUAUGAAACAUGACAUAUAUAACAGAAUUUUAUAUAAUUAUAUAUUUAUUCAUUGUGGAAUAUAAUUUGGUGUCAAUGUAGCUCCAUCGA